AUUUCCUGUUCAAAGGAUAUAUCGUCAGUUGAAGCCAAAAGGGGGAGUUUAAUGUAUUUCACGUCCAGGUAUUUCCGUGACAUUCAGUUUAAUGUGUAUUUGCGGAGCCGUGGCACAAUAGAGAGCUUCUUCAGCAUGUUUUGGGAAUAUUUCGACGCGGCUCGACGACUCGGGAAUUCAGCGAGCGAGUGAGAGCCAUGGACAACUCGGUCACCCUGUGGCAGUUCCUUCUCCAGCUCCUGUUGGACUCCAGUAACGAGCACCUGAUCUGCUGGACCAAUGAGGAAGGGGAGUUCAAGCUGCUGCAGGCGGAGGAGGUGGCCCGGCUGUGGGGAGCCCGCAAGAACAAGCCCAACAUGAACUACGACAAACUGAGCCGGGCUCUCAGAUACUACUACGACAAGAACAUCAUAAAGAAGGUGAACGGGCAGAAGUUUGUGUACCGCUUCGUGUCCUAUCCCGACAUCUUGAAAGGAGACGCUGCCACCCGGACAGAGGGCGGGGAGGUGGGUGCCGGGGGGGCCCUCCCUCCCCUUUUAAAGAGGGGAGACAGCACCCCACAGGACGGGGAGCCCGGUGGCACGGCGGCUCUGAGCUCCAGUGCCAAGCAGUCGAACCGAAACGACUACAUCCACUCCGGCCUGUACACCUCCUUCACCCUCAACUCGCUGCAGAACGGACGGCAGCUCUUCAAGUCCAUCAAAAUAGAAAACCCGGGGGAGAAGCUAGCGGACAAACGAGGCGUCCCUGCGACCCAGCAGAGCCAGGAGCUGUCGCCUCCGCCACAAACUGCUCUGCCGUCCGUCAUCAAGUUCGGGAACACCCCUCCGAAGCCGUCCCCUCAGGUUGCCGUCGAGAUGACCCUGAUGUCCAGCCACUUGGAUCCCUUGAGGGCCGAGGACAUCAGCGCCAUCUCCUCCCUGCCGUGCCACUCCGUGUACGCCUUCGAACACAUCCGCCCGUCAGCGCCGACGUUCAGCAUCCAGGAGCUCACCUCAGCCAGCCCGUCCCCGAGCCUGGUGCCCGACUCGUCCCAGGAGCUGGUGAUCGACAGCGACAUCGAGUCCGGAUCGUCUCAGACCGCGGACGCUCAAGCACACGACAAGCAGGUGGACAGCGGCAUGGGUCUGUCCGGAGAUGAGACCAGUUUCAUGGACGCUGAAACCAGUUCCUCGUCUCUGAGCAGCGGCAGCAACACCAUCAGCACCCUGAGCGCCUCCAAGACACGCAAACCUCCCAAGAUCCUGCAGAUCAGCCCCCCCACCCUGCUGGUCACCGCCUCGGACUUCUCCCCCAUGAACCUCUGCAGCCCCUCCCUCCCCACGGCCUCCCUCACACCAGCAAUGCUGCAGACUCCCACUCUGCUGCUGACUCCCAGUCCUCUGCUGUCCAACAUCCACUUCUGGAGCACGCUCAGUCCGGUGGCCCCCCUCAGCCCGGCCACUCGGAGGGGGGCCCACCUGUUCCAGUUCCCGUCGGUCCUCACUCCUCAGUUCCAGAUCCCUAUACACAGUCUGGAUGGCACCAACACACCCGGCCCAAUCUCCCCGGACCCUCAGAAGACAUAGGAUUAACCCCCCCACCUUACAGUAUCACAUCAUAUGAACCCACCUCCUCCUCAUGCUCCUCCUCCUCCUCCUCAUGCUCCAUCCCCUGCUCCCACACACAGGACAAUGAUGUGGGAGCCAUUCCUCAUCGCUCUGGUGCUUUAAAGCUCUCCGCCGCAGGAGUCCCACUACAAUCUCACGUUUUGGAGGGGGGGCGCGGGGGUCUGGAGAGGUGGAUGAACAUUCACACCCUGAGGAACCUGAUCUCGAGCGUGCUGAUUCCAUUGUUCCUUAUUUUUUGCACUUUUUGAUUCAAUUUGUCUGGAUUUUUUUUGGGGGGGGGGUUGAGUGAUCCUCAGUCACAACAAUUUUGAAGGAGGGAGGAAGGACUGCCAUGGCAACAGCUUGUGCCUGUGGAUUGGACCCUCAGCGGCUGUGACAAUCUGUGGACACGCAGACGAGUGGAAGUGCAGAUAUCUGAAUCUUUCCUUUUAUAGAAUUCCUUCUUCUCUCUCUGCCAAAACAAAGACCCUUUCUGCUCCUCUAACCCGUCUUCUGCUCUGCUGACUCUGUUCCCUGUCCUGACCUCGCUGAAGGGUAGCGCUUUAACCCGAUAGUGUGCAUGUUUACCUCCUUUAUCUCUGCUCUUUAGUGUUUGCUUCUCUGAAGUGUUAGCCAUAUCCGACACGUUGCCCUUUCUCAGCGUGGCCGUACUCUGAACCUCUGAUCAUGCCUCUGUUCUAAUGUAAACAGGAAGUGACCAUGAACCCCCCCUGGUGUGCCUCCAGCCAAUCAGCGUUCAGGUGGGAUUGAAAAGAAAGUGAAGCCAUAACUCUUUACGUGCAUCGACUCUGCAAGCAACAAACACAACCGGUUUUGAUUCUGCUCUAGUGUGGCCUUUUUAAAUUAAAGAGGUCCUAUUAUGCUUUGAUAGCUUUCCUGUAGUGUGUUUGAUAGGUUUUAGUGCAUGUAAAUGGUCUUCAAAGGCUCAAAUGUUCCCUUCAGAGUCAGUUUCUCACCCACACACUCCCCCCCUGCCUGAAACACCUCCACUGGACUCCUUUGUCUUCUCCAGUAACACAGUGACAUCACUAUGUAACACUCAAACCUCUAUUGGCUAUUGCUCAAUCACAUUGUACCUGAUAGGCUGUUAAAUCCUAUCCCAAUAUUGAUAAUGCGACUGUAUUCCAGCUCUAUUUUUUAUAAAUAAUGAUCCUUAUUAUAGAAGUAAUGACCGUGUUGGUAAAAGCUAAUAAUAGAACAUCUAGAAGAGUCUGAUUACUGUUGAAAAAUACGUCUAAAAUAACCUUAAAAGCAACUAUUUCUAUUUAUUUUAUCGUAAUAAAGAAUCCAAAUCUGGCCUGAUGUGAGUAUUUGGUAUCAUAUCAAUAUAUAGCCCAAACAUAAUGGCUGCUCCUGUCCUAAAAAAUACUAAUUCUAGCCAAAAAAACACUUUUACGAGCAAAAGUGAGAAAGCAAAGUGUUCCAGCUGCUGUCCCCAGCUUCAUGUUUACAUAAAGAGAUCUAUUUUCAUCUUAAUUGGCAAUUAUACCUCCCGAAAUAUGAAUCCCACCAGACUUUGAAUUACCAGAGCUGUGGUUAAGUUGCUUGCAGCGUCAGAGCGAUAUUUGAUCUAAAACUGAACGUCCAAACUUAGCGGCUAGACUCCUCACAGUCCCGCCUUAACCCCUGCCGAGCCUUAUCCACCUGAAGCACCUUCCCCUCCCUGAAACCCCUUCCUCCUCCUCCUCCUCCUCCUCCUCCUCCUCCUCCUCCUCCUCCUCACUAUCAGCAAUGAAAAUGUAAAUGACUUUGAAGCCAUAAGUCUGCGACAGACUUCAGACGUAGACCCCACGUUUCUACGCUGAUACAUGUGGAAAUGUGUACACAACACUUGUUUACAUGACGCUUGGAGAGAACACGCUUCAGUGUGUCUUUACCUAAGUGUCCCUUUCUAACCCAGGGAUGGAUGACCAGCUAAUCUUCUCGUUUUUACUAGACAUUUUCCCUCCUUUCGCCUGCAGUCCGUCACUCUGAUAUAUAUACGGUGCCUUACCACAGCCAAGUGAAGCUCCCCAUGGACGGAGCUCUGUCAUUUGAUCCAAAACUAACGACUUGUUUGUUUUUAUGCCAUAUCUUUUGCGUAGACCAAACCAGAGCCCCAGAAGUUUGCCAAUUAAAACUUCACAGGGAUGUAGAGUGAGAGUCCACUGCAGCUCAUGUGCAGCACGAUCUUCAUGCUCUGCAGUGCGCUCUGGUACGGAGGCCGACACAUGCAAACACGCUACAUACGAGGGGACUCUUUAAAGUGACGCACACAGCUGGGGCCGGAGCGCUUGGUGACGCUCGGGGAUUAUAAUCAAAACAUAAUUACAAUAACACUAUUGCAGAUUAAAAGCAGUUGUGAAAAGGUGACAUUUUUGGUUGAAACACGGGGAAAUCGGGAGAUGUCCAGGUUAGCUACGUUAGCUGGCUAGCUUACAACAGAUCUGCAGUAAUAUUUGAAGAAAUCAUGCGAUCACGUUGUUAAAAUAAGCCGAAGAAAUAUAUAUUUUAGGUUCAAUUCGACCAACAGAGACUUUAUAAUCCCAAAAAGUCAACAUGCGCUCCGGUCCCAGCUCUGUGCGACACUUCUUAGCUUCCCAAUCUCCGUUGUGUUUGAGCUUCUUGCAGCGUUUUGCAUUUUUCGUCAGGUUGGUGAAGAUGUUUCUUCAUUUGCAUGUGUUUUUGGCACAUCGUUUUUUAAUCUGCAGCGUGUUUCCUAAUGGAAGUGUUUUCAGUCGCGUGUUGGCACCUGUCGGCCGCCGUACCCUGGGAUGCAUACAUGUACAUACAGACAGGAUAUAGGUUCAUAUGCAGAGCAUGUAAUCAGUCUCUUUCCAACCUGCUUUAAAUGUUUGUGAUAACAAAUUUAGAAACUAUAUAAAUAUAUAUAAAAAAAUCCUGUUUUUUUCGUGUAAUUUUCCUGUAGAAUUUAAAGAUUCAUUUCUAUUUUUGUAAUGGCCAGAUAGAUAGACGUCUGCUGUUCUCUGAUUUAACGUGCAUGUGUUUUCUAAUGUUGUGUGUUGGGAGGCGGCGGCGGCCCUCCUCCCCCCAUGCUGGCUGUUAUUGGGAAUCAAAGCCUUAUGGGGGAGAAAUCUAAAUCUGUGUUUUAUAUGUAAAGUGUUUUGAUAGUGUUGAUAUCGUUCAUGCAAAUGUUGUGAUGGGACGUUUGCACUUCACGGGGUUCCUGUAGUAUUGGAUUCUGUCGCUUUUCUAUGACUUUCCUUUUGGAUGACUUUGUUGUCGACGUUUUUGCUUACUGAGAAAUGUAUAUUUUCCCUAAGGAAGGAUUCAAAAAAGAUUAUGCACUUCGUAUUUUAUACAGUAAAUCUAGUCUUUUACAAUUUCAAUCAAAGGAUUUACAAGCAUUUUGUGAUUAGGCACUACCACGGAAUAUUUAUUUAUGUAAAUUUAUAGAGACGCCCAAUACAAUUGGUUGCAUUUUUGCAGUAACUUUUCAAAUCUAUGAAAUGGCUUGAUAAAAAGACACCGAGCCCAUUUGAAAGUUUCCUCCCUGAAGUCUUUAAGGACUUUGCAUAUUUUGCAUAUUUGUAUCUUCUGAUGUUUUCCCGUAAAAUCUUCUUUUGAAAAGAUCUGGUUCUUGCUUUGUUCUGUCCAGUUUUCUAUUUGUUUGUUGCUUUUUUUUCAAAUGUUUACAGGCUGCUUGUCUUAAGUGGCAUUUCGAUGUUGGAGAGAGGAAGUGUUUCUAAUGGAAGAGACCAAUAAUAAAAGAUCUCUAACUAAUCA